AGAUGCACGACGCCAUGAACAGCGCCUGCGGGUUGGUCGAGCACGUCGUGGACGAGUCCAAGCGGUUGAAGGCGUUUCGCUCUGGCGAAGGUCUCGUACGGAUAUCGGGGCAUGGGCUCAGCAUCGCGGCUGUCAGCGCCGUAUCGCGCUUUGGCACGGCCGUGACCACCUGCGACAAAACCGAGCUUUCGGCGAGUGUGCACCACGCUAAGGUCAACGGGCAUGCGAACGGGCAUGCGAACGGUGCUAGUGGCGAUCAUUCGUCCAACAAACGCGCAUAUACGGACGCUGCCACCGGCGGCGAUGAAGCCCCCACUAACACGAAGAGACGCGUUCUCGCUAGCCGACGCGCGAUCGAAUCGAAGAUCGCGGACGGGAAGAGCGUGUACGGCGUAACGACCGGGUUCGGAGGGAGCGCCGAUACCAGGACGAAAGAAACGCACUUGCUCGGCCUCGCGCUCCUCCAGCACCAGCACGCCGGCAUCCUCCCCGUACCCAUCUCGGCGGAUGAAGAAGAAGAAGAAGAAGAAGAAGUGACGCGCCCGCUGCCGCUGCUCGACCCGCUGGCAUCGACGAGCAUGCCCGAGGCCUGGGUGCGCGCCGCGAUGGUCGUCCGCGUGAACAGCCUUAUCCGGGGCCACUCCGCCGUCCGCUGGGAGCUCAUCGAGCGCCUCGUCGCGCUCCUCCGCGCCAACAUCGUCCCGCUCGUCCCGCUCAGGGGCAGCAUCUCCGCAUCGGGAGAUCUCUCGCCGCUGUCGUACGUCGCGGGGACGAUCAUCGGGAACCCGGCGAUCCGCGUCUGGGACGGUCCGCCCGGCGCACGGCGCGUGGUGUCGUCCGCGCGGGCGCUCGCCGCGCACGGGCUCGAGCCGCUCGCGCUCCAGCCGAAGGAACACCUCGGCGUGCUGAACGGGACGGCGUUCAGCGCGGGGCUCGGCGCGCUCGCGCUCUCGGACGCGGCGUCGCUCGCCUCGCUCGCGCUCGUGUGCACCGCGAUGGGCGUCGAGGCGCUCCGGGGCGCGCCCGGCUCGUUUGCGCCGUUCGUGCACGAGGUGUGUCGGCCGCACCGGGGGCAGGUCGAGGCGGCGCGGGCGGUGAGGCGGUUGGUGGAGGGGAGCGCGUGGGUGCAGAGGGAGGGGGGAGGGGGGGAGGAGAGGACGGUGGAGGAGGAUGCGGGCGAGUUGAGGCAGGAUCGGUACCCGUUGCGGACGGCGGCGCAGUGGCUGGGGCCGCAGAUGGAGGACGUGAUGGCGGCGGUGGCGAGCGUCGCGCUCGAGUGCAACUCCACGACGGACAACCCGCUCGUGGACGAGCGCGGGGCCGUCCACCACGGCGGCAAUUUCCAGGCGACGGCGGUGACGAACGCGAUGGAGAAGACGCGGCUCGCGAUGCACGCGAUCGGCAAGCUCAUGUUCGCGCAGAUGACGGAGAUGCUGAACCCGGCGACGAGCCGCGGCCUGCCGCCCUCGCUCGCGGCCACGGAUCCGUCCCUGAACUUCCACGGCAAAGGGCUGGAUAUAGCCGGGGCGGCGUACGUGAGCGAGCUCGGGUACCUGGCGGGGCCGGUGUCGACGCACGUGCAGAGCGCGGAGAUGCAUAAUCAGGCGGUGAAUUCGUUGGCGCUGAUAUCGGCGAGGGCGACGGUCGAUUCGGUGCAAGUGCUGUCCCAGCUGAUGGCGUCGUACCUGUACCUCCUGUGCCGAGCAAUCGAUCUCCGGGCUAUGCAGGCCGACCUCGAGGGCGGCGCGGACGCCAUCUUGGAAGACGAGCUCGCGAAGCAUUUUCCGCGCCUCGUCGUCGACGACGACGGUGGCGCGCUGCUGAGGACGGUGCGGCGCGCGACGAGGGACGCGUUGGACGCGACGACGAGCAUGGACGUUGCGCCGAGGAUGCGGAAAGUGGCAGAGGCGACGGUGGUGCCGAUCCUCGACCAUGCUGCUGCGGAGGUGAAGGUGGAGUCGGUGCAGGCGUUCCGCGCGGGCGUCGCGGGGAGGAUGGGGGAGCUGCUGAGGGAGCUUAGGGAGGAGUACGUCAAGGGGACGAGGAGCGCGGAGGGGAGGAUGGGGAGGACGGGGAAGAUGUAUGCGUUUGUGAGGGGGACGCUCGGGGUGAGGAUGCACGGAAAGGAGAAUUGGGGGAUGUUCAAGGAGGGGUUGGGGGUGGAGGAUGUGACGGUGGGGGAGAACGUGUCGAGGGUGUAUGAGGCGAUCAGGGAUGGUCAGAUCAGGGAUGUGCUCGUGGAGAUGUUGGGGUGAUAUAUCGCGAGCAGAUCUAGAAUGAAACGGUUCGUGUAGAGAUCGACUGAUAUUCUAAUCUCUUGUAUACUACACACGCUUCGUGCGCUGUUAUAUCUAUCGGGUGG